UGACCAAUAUGCCCCUCCCGCACAAAGGAAAGGACCACCCUCGGCAAAUAAAUUAUGUACAAAAUCCGGAUUGAGCAAGAGAGCGAGAAGCUUUUGAAUCUUUGAUCAACUCCGGUGCGGUUUCGAUUUGAUCACACGUUUGCUUGAAAUUCCUCCGUUGACCCCGGUUCCUCUCUCUUCCUGACUUUCCGGUCACCUCGCCAUUUUUUCGGCGUUUGUCAGCAUGAAGCGGCAAUCAGCGGCCCGGCCUGAACCGGAUCGCCCAGUUCCGACACCUUCGGCGUCCAACACACAACCCUCGUCUCCUUCCUCUCUCCUUGCGUCCGUCUCGAUAUCUGGUGCCCAGCGCAAAAUCGCGAUCGCCGUUGAUCUGAGCGAGGAGAGUGCCUAUGCCGUCCGAUGGGCCGCCCAGAACUAUCUCCGCCCUGGGGACAUGGUCAUCCUCCUUCACGUGCGUCCUAUGAACGUUCUCUACGGCGCGGACUGGGGCUCCGGUGAUCUUAAUCUGAAUGACGCCGACACUACCUCGGAAGAGUCGCAGCAAAAGUUGGAGCAAGAUUUCGACAAUUUCACGACCGCCAAAGCCAGCGACUUGGCUCAACCACUGGUGGAUGCUAAAAUCCCGUUCAAAAUCCACAUUGUCAAGGACCAUGACAUGAAGGAGCGGCUCUGCUUGGAAGUCGAGAGACUGGGACUAAGCGCCGUGAUCAUGGGGAGUCGAGGCUUUGGCGCAACUAAGCGAAGUACGAAGGGUAGGCUUGGGAGUGUGAGUGACUAUUGUGUUCAACACUGUGUUUGUCCUGUUGUGGUUGUGAGAUACCCGGAUGAGAAGAACGGAAGCAACGGCGGUAAGGCCGCCGGCAAAGCAAUAGUUGGGGAAGAGGUGGAGCUCUACCCGGUGCCUGAGGAGGAGCAUGAGUACCACGAUGCAUCAGAUGAACAGAAAGAUGCUGAAUAAUGGGUCAGAACUGCGUCAAUAUCGACCUCACUUCAGGGGAAUGCUUGAAUAACUCCUGGAACUUGUUAGUAGUCAUUUUCUGUCGUAAUUUGUGGCGAAAUAUGUUUUUGACACAUCGUUUUGUGCACCUUUCCCCUGCUGGUUUUGGGGGAGUGGUAUUCCAUGUUUCAUCUUUAAUACCCAGUGUACCCUGUGUAUUUAAGCAACACCGUUGUAAAAUUUUAUACAUUUGGUUGAAAUAUCAAGAAGCUCAAGUACAAAGUUGUAGAUUUCCA